AUGAAAUGAAAUCAUGUUGAAUUCUGCAAAAAGUACCGCUAUUUUAGAACAUAAAAAAUGCUUCAUUCAUCUAUUAGUAAAGCUUGUAUCGUGCGUGUUUUAUUAUAAAAGCGUGUUUUAAAAGUAAGUUAAAUACAUUUUUAAACAUAAAAAUAUAAUUAUGUCUUUGCCUAAGAAUAAUAAUAUUCAUGUGUCAAGUGUUGUGGAAGAAAUUGUAUCAAUUGAAGAAAACAUGAAUUUCUUAAGUGACGAAGAUGGUAAUAUUAUAUUAAAUAUUCCAGUUGUUCAGAAUACUAGUGAAAAUUCACAAUUAGAUGAUCUGCUGCAAACUUUUAACUUAAUUGAAGUAAAACCUUAUUUAACAAAUGCGCAAAUUACAUUUGAUAGCUUAAGGUAUUUAUCAAAGGAAGAUAUAAAGGAAGCCAUACCCCCUAUUGGUAUUCGUGCUUGUUUCCGAGAAAAACUUUUUAGUUGGAGAAAAACUGAG